GAGUCGGUGUCGUUGUUAACGUCUGUCACACAGAAAGGGAAGUACUCUUAUCAAAUGCGUACUGUCAUUUUAGCGCUUUCCCUGUGACAGGGUUGCUGUCCUCCUCGAAUCACCAUGGUGUUCGAGUCUUUAGUCAGUGACCUCUUGAACAGAUUUAUAGGAGAUUAUGUGGAAAACCUGGACAAGUCGCAGCUCAAGAUUGGCAUAUGGGGAGGAAAUGUUGUGUUAGAAAAUCUGAGGGUGAAAGAGAAUGCUUUGAAUGAGUUUGCUGUCCCUUUUAAAGUGAAGGCUGGUCAAAUUGGUAAACUGACUCUGAAGAUCCCUUGGAAGAACCUUUACAAUGAGGCAGUGGUGGCUACGUUAGAUGGUUUAUACCUUCUGGUGGUUCCCGGAGCAACGAUUAAGUAUGAUGCGGUUAAAGAAGAGCGGUACCUGCAGGAGGCCAAGCAGAGGGAGCUACAGCGUAUUGAGGAAAACCUGCAGCUGGUUGCACACAGAGAGAAACUUCAGGAAGAGAAGAAGGAUACAUUUGCAGAGAAACUGGCUACACAAGUUAUCAAAAACCUCCAGGUCAAAAUCACCAGCAUUCACAUCAGAUAUGAGGAUGAUGUGUCAGACCCUCAGAAACCUUUUUCAGUGGGCAUGACUCUUUCAGAACUCAGUCUACAGACAGCAGAUGAGAACUGGAAGACUUGCAUUCUAAAUGAAGCGGCCAAGGUCAUCUACAAGCUGGGGCGCCUGGAUUGUUUUUGUGCCUAUUGGAAUGUCAACAGCCCAAUCUUCUACAAAGGCUCCAGGGAGGAGAUAGUGGACAGGAUGAAAGCAGGUAUCAGCACCAAAAAUGAGGAACUGCGAGGCUACCAAUACAUUUUUAAACCCAUCUUUGCCUCUGCAAAGAUGUGCAUCAACCCUAAUGCUGAAGUUGAGCUGAAGUCACCAAAAGCGAAACUGCACCUUGAGGUUCAGAACAUCGCAGUUGAGAUGACCAAGCCUCAGUACCUGUCUAUGGUGGAUCUCCUGGAGUCCAUAGACUGUAUGGUGAAGAAUGGCCCCUACAGGAAGUUUAGACCUGAUGUUCCAGUCCACAGAAAUGCAAAGCAGUGGUGGAAAUACAGUAUCAGCAGUAUAUUGGAAGUCCAUAUUAGACACUUUAAUCAGAUGUGGAACUGGACCAACAUCAAGAAGCACCGGCACACGCUUAAGGCAUACAAAGCUGCAUACAAAGUCAAACUCACACAGGGCAAAGUCCGAGAGGAUGCAGAGAAGCAGAUCCAGGAGCUGGAGAAAGCUCUGGAUGUGUUCAACAUUGUAUUGGCCAGACAGCAAGUUCAAAUGGAGGUGGUUCGUUCUGGGCAGAAGCUGGUUGACAAAAAGGCUGCCACUCAAAAACAGAGUGGAGGACGGUUUUUUAGCAGCUUUUUUGGCAGGAAAGAAGGGAAGAAGAAAGAGGAAGAUAAAGAGCCUGAGAGUAUAGAUUCCAUCAUGACUCCUGAAGAGAAAACUAAACUCUACACAGCCAUUGGCUACAGUGGGAGCUCACAUAACCUUGCCUUACCAAAACAUUAUGUAGCAGUGAUCGUCACCUUUAAACUGUUGAGCACCUCAGUAACAUUCCGAGAGGAGCCUGGCGUUCCAGAGAUCCUCAAAGUGCAAAUGAUCGACCUCAGUACAGCCAUCUCACAGAGACCAGGAGCACAGGCCAUUAAAGUGGAGGCUAAGCUGGAGCACUGGUACGUGACUGGUCUGCAGCAGCAGGGUGAAGUGCCGUCUCUCAUAGCGUCAGUGGGAGACUCUGACUCCUCUCUGCUCAGUGUGCUCUUUGAGCUCAAUCCAGAAAACAGCACAGCUGACCAGCUUCUCAGAGUCCAUUCACAGCCUGUGGAGAUCAUCUAUGAUGCUCUGACUGUUAUUAGCAUCACAGAAUUCUUUAAGGCAGGGAAAGGAGUUGACCUGGAAGUCAUCACCUCAGCUACACUCCGCAAACUUGAGGAGAUCAAAGAGAAGACGGCCAGUGGUUUGUCUCACAUCAUUGAGACACGUAAGGUGCUGGACUUGAGGAUUGAUCUAAAACCCUCCUACCUGCUGCUGCCCAAGUCUGGCUUCUAUGACGGCAAAUCAGACCUGAUGAUCGUUGAUUUUGGUAACCUGCAGUUGAACAGCAUAGAUCAGGGCAGUCAUCAGCACGCAUCUGUCAGUUUCUCAUCAAUAGAGGAGAUCAUGGAUCGAGCAUAUGAAAGAUACACCUUGGAGCUUCGCAGUGUCCAAAUACUCUACAGCAAAUCAGGAGAGAAAUGGAAGAAUGCUCGUCUUCAGGGUUUCUCCCAUCAGCACAUCCUACAGCCAAUGGAUUUCACAAUUCAGCUCGCCAAAUGUAUGGUGGACAAAGAUUCCUGUAUGCCCAGUUUCAAAGUAUCAGGGGAGUUGCCGUUGCUGCACAUAAAGAUCUCCGAUCAGAAGAUCCAGGGUGUUCUGGAGCUUGUAGACAGUAUUCCUCUUCCACAGACUACAUCAACCCCCCCUACCACCCCCAGAGAAAAGGUGUUGGAUACCAGGCCAAAAGUAUUUGGUUUAGACCCCUCAGUUCUGUCCUAUACAAUUGAGUCAGACUCUAAUGAAGACACCAGUGAGAAGUCUGUAGAUGAAGACACUCUGAGAUCAACCCUAGAAGAGUUGACUGAAGUGCAGUUUCAGUUUGAAGUCAAAGCGGUGUUGUUGGAGCUAACGAGGCAGGCUGCUCAGGAGGAUGUAGUGUUGGCGCUGAGUGUGUCUCAGCUGGGUGCAGAGGGCAAGAUACGAACUUUUGAUCUCACUGUCACAUCUUACCUCCGCAAGAUCAGCCUGGACUACUGUGAGACAAGAGAUGCACAAAAUCAGCCACUUCCUCUAAUUACCUCUUCGGACAAGCAUGGUUCUGAUCUGUUGAAAGUGGAGUAUAUCAAAGCUGACGUGAAUGGACCGAGCUUCCACACUUUAUUUAAUAACACAGAACAGACACUGAAGGUGGAGCUUUCCUCACUGGAUUUCUUGUUGCACACUAAAGCUUUGCUGUCUACUAUCAACUACCUGAACACAGCAAUACCACAGGAGCUAACGGCCUCUAAAGAUAGAGAGAUCAAGAGACAGGCUGAGAGAGCAGCUGCAGGGAAGAUAGUGUCGAAGAGUUCGAAGGACUCGAGUGUUGUGAACUUUAAGCUCUCUGCCAUGCUUGACUCCUUCAGAGUGGCUGUCUGUGAUGACAGAAGCAACAUUGCUGACAUCCGAAUCCAAGGCAUUAAUGCAUCUGUGGUGGUCCAGGCAAAAGAAACAGAUGUGUUUGCCCGCCUGCGUGACAUUGUGGUUCUUGAUGUUGACCCAAAGACCAUCCAUAAAAAGGCAGUGUCAAUAGUUGGAGAGGAGGUGUUCAGCUUCAAGAUGACUCUGUACCCUGGAGCUACCGAAGGGGUGGGCUACUCUGACACCUGUAAAGUAGAUGGGAAAGUGACCCUGAGAUUGGGCUGCAUCCAGAUCGUCUAUCUGCACAAGUUCAUUAUGUCUUUAUUGGACUCUUUUAGCUAUCAGUACCCCUCUGCUGAUGAGACAUUUUUGGAUAACUUCCAAACAGCCAAAGAGGCUCUAAGUGCCGCCACGGCUCAGGCCGCAGAGAAAGCAGCUUCCAGCGUGAGAGAUUUUGCUCAGAAGAGUUUCAGACUUGCCAUGGACAUCAAACUGAAGGCUCCUCUUAUCAUCAUCCCUCAGUCCUCCACAUCCCAUAAUGCAUUUGUGGUUGACCUGGGUCUCAUCACUGUAGGAAACAGCUUCUCUCUGCUGGCAGCUGAGGGCUUCCCCUUGCCUGCCAUUUUGGAGACCAUGGACGUAAAACUCACACAGCUCAAACUAUCUAGGACUGUUCUGAAGCAUGAUGCUGCUCAUCCAGAUAUUGAGAUUCUGAAGCCCAUAAAUCUAGAGCUAAUGGUCAAGCGUAAUUUGGCUGCCACCUGGUUUAACAAGAUCCCUGGAGUGGAGGUCACAGGAGUACUAAAGUCAAUGAAUAUGGCUCUCGGUCAGGAGGAUUUUGGGGUCCUCAUGAGAAUCCUGGCAGAGAACCUUGGUGACAGAAGCAGGCCUACUGCAGUGGAAGAAACUAAGGCUUCUACUAAAGAUGAAGCUGUUAUGGAUGAAGAACUUGCAGAGGUGCUUUCAGUGGGGGCAGGGUGUCAACCUGCAAUCACCAAUGGCUCUUUCAGUGAGAAUAUUGUCAAUGUUCUCCUCAAUUUUGAGGUCAAAGAGGUUAUGCUGAAGUUGAAAAAGUCCAAAAAGGGGAAGAGUGGGGAAGAAUGUCCAUUUUUGGUCCUGAAUGUGGCUCAACUUGGAAUUGACACUAAAGUUAGAAAAUAUGACAUGGAGGCCACAACAUACAUUAAAACCAUUUCCAUGAAGUGCCUUGAAUUCCAGGAUUCAAAUGGGGAUCCUCUCUGUAUAAUCAGUUCCUCAGCAGAAUCAGGAGCAGAUCUUCUUGAAGUCAAGUAUUUUAAGGCUGACCGAAAUGGGCCCAACUUUGCUAGUGUUUACAAGAACAUUGAGCAGAUGAUCAAUGUGAUGUUUUCCUCCCUUGACUUGAUGUUGCAUACUGAGGCUCUUCUCUCUACCAUGGACUUCCUUUCUGCUGCCCUGUCCUCCAGCAGUCUCCCCUCACCAGAGAAAGAGAGCAAAAAGAGUGAAGAAAUGAGAACUACCCCAGCCAAAUCUACUGCUCUCAGCUCUCCCUCUGUUGGUGACAUCAUUGACCUGAAGGUAAACAUGCAACUAGGUGCUUUUAAUGUGCUGGUGUGUGACCAGAAGAGCAACAUGGCCGACAUCAAGAUUCAGGGUUUGGACGGUUCUCUUCUAAUACAGGGAACUAAGACACACAUGUCCACUCGUCUACGUGACUUCAUCGUCAUCAAUGUGGAUCCUAAAACAAUUCACAAGAAGGCCAUCUCUAUUGUAGGUGAUGAGGUGUUCAGCUUUAGUAUGAGCCUAACACCCAAAGCCACUGAGGGGGCUGGAUACACAGAUACUUCAAAGUUUGAUGGCAAAGUGAAACUCAACGUGGGCUGCAUUCAAGUGGUCUACCUUCACAAAUUUGUCAUAUCCUUGCUUAAUUUUAGUAGUAACUUCCAGACAGCCAAAGAGGCUCUCAGUGCCACCACGGCUCAGGCAGCAGAGAAAGCAGCUUCCAGUGUGAGAGAUUUUGCUCAGAAGAGUUUCAGACUUGCCAUGGACAUCAGACUGAAGGCCCCCCUUAUCGUCAUCCCUCAGUCCUCAACAUCCCAUAAUGCUGUGGAGGCAGACCUAGGUCUCAUUACUGUAGGAAACAGCUUCUCUCUGCUCCCAGUGGAGGGUCGUUCACUGCCUGUUGUCAUAGAUAAUAUGGAUAUAGAGCUUACUCAGCUAAAAUUGUCCAGAAUUUCAAUGGAGCAGGACUCAAAUCAGCCUAGUUCAAAACUGCUGGAGCCAGUUAACCUGAUUCUUUCUGUUAAACGUAAUCUGGCAGCAUCAUGGUACCAGAAGAUGGCUGCCAUAGAGGUGGAUGGUGAUCUGAAGCCCAUGAAGGUGGCCCUGAGUCAAGAUGACCUUACUGUACUGCUGCAGAUUCUGAUGGAGAACAUUGGGGAGGCGAGCAGCAUUCAACCUGAUACACCAAUCAGCUACAAACAAGACAGUGUGACUACAAGAGCACACACACAGCCUGGCUCAGAGAUUCCUGAAGAGAAGCUGUCUGAAAUUAAACUGAAGGAGGCAGAGCUGCUGGAGAGUAUCAAAUUUAACUUCAAUGUAGAAUCACUUGGCCUUACACUAUAUAAUAAUAACCCAACACAGCCCUCUGUACACGAGGAGCAAUUGUGUUUAGGGGAAUUUAUGCUGUGUAAAAUGAAGACUUCAGGCAAAAUGUUUAAUAACGGCAAUCUGGAGGUCUCCACUAUCCUCACCACAUGCACACUGGACGACAGGAGGAGUGGCAUUCAGAGAGUCACAUCCAGGAUGUUGGGAAGGCAUGAUGAGGCGACAUCAGAGCCUAUGAUUGAUGUGACAUACUCUCAGAGUGCAGAUGAGCGUUCAGUGGUUGCCGUGCUACAGAGGCUCUAUCUGUGUGCCAGCGUGGAGUUCCUAUUGGCUGUUGGGGACUUUUUCAUGCAAGCCCUGCCCCCGAGUCCGCCCGCACAGCGAGACAAAACCAAUCAGCUCCUACUCAAACAUGUCUCAGAGCCCAAAAUCCAGAGUGAAUCUAGAGCAGCCCUAGCUCAGAGAACCAAAUUGCGGGCUAUUGUGGUGGACCCAGAGGUGCUGUUUGUGGCUAACCUGAUGAAGGCAGAUGCUCCUGCACUGGUAGCUUCAUUCCAGUGUGACUUCUGUCUGCUGUCAGAAGAGGCCUGUCAGACCAUGAAGGCCAACAUUAGAAGCCUCAAAGUGCUCGCCUGUCCCUUCAUUAGGACAGAGGGUGACAAAGCUGUGACCACUGUGCUGAGACCAUGUUCUGUUGAACUUGAGACCAAAAUGCCAACGAAUGCCCCAUUAACUGGUUCAGUUACUGUAGAGGAGGUCAUUGUAAAAAUCUCUCCUAUCAUUCUGAACACUGUCAUCACCAUCAUGGCAGCCAUGACGCCCAAACCGAAGGAAGAGACAUCACAGCAGACGCCUGAUGACCAAAGCAGCCUCUGGUCUGUGAUGAACAUUGCUAAUGCUAACUACUGGUUCCUGGGUGUGGAUGCUGCCUCUGAAGUGACUGAGAGCUUCAAGGAUGUGGACAGCAGUAAGGAUGGAGAGAGUUUUGGGGUGGAAGUAAAGGUGGUGCAGGUUACACUGGAGUCAGGUUUGGGACAUCGCACUGUUCCACUGCUACUUGCAGAAUCUUCGUUCACCGGCAGCACUCAGAACUGGUCAUCAUUGCUCCGUUUUUCUGCAGAUAUGACUCUAGAGGUGAAUUAUUUUAAUGAAACUCAUGCAGUAUGGGAGCCACUUCUUGAGAGAGUGGACAAUGGGAAACGGAGGUGGAACCUCAAAUUAGAGAUGAAGAACAACCCUGUUCAGGAUAAAAGUCCAGAUCCUGGGGAUGAUUUUAUUAUGCUGCCAGACCCUCGCACAGCCAUCACCAUAUGUUCCAAAGACACCAUGAACAUCACAAUGUCCAAGUGCUGCCUCAGCGUCUUCAACAACCUGGCUAAGGCUUUCUUUGAGAGCACAGCCUCCACGUUUGACCGCUCUCUGAAGGAGAAAUCACCCUUCACCAUUCGUAAUGCAUUAGGCAUCCCCCUCAUUGUUCAGCACAGUUCUAACCUGCGAUUGGCUGGCUCAUCCUCACUGGGUAAACUGCACGAAGUGUCUGUGGAUAAGAGUGUGGAUUUAGAUUAUUCCACCUUUGAGCGAUCAUCACGACUAUCUGCCCUGCAGAGGCAGGAGAGCUGCCUGUUCAAUCUCAAUAUAGUUCCCUCAGGUUACAGUGAGAUUUCUAAUAUUCCACUGGGUAAGCCUGGCCGCAGACUGUAUAAUGUACGGGGACCCAUGCAACAGGAAGCUGUAUCUGUACUGCUUCAGAUCGAUGCCAGCGAGGGCAACAAAGUCAUCACAGUACGCUCCCCACUACAGAUAAAGAACCAUUUCUUAGUGCCUUUUGCCAUUCUGAAGUAUUCUUCUGAGCUUGGAGUGUUGGUGAAUGUAGGGGUUGCUGAGCCUGAGAAGGAAUAUCAUGUUCCCUUAGAAGCUUACAGGAGUCAGUUGUUUUUGCUGCCUAUCGGUCCUUUGGAAGAUCAAUAUCGUGCAUCAUCCACAUGCAUUGCAUGGAAGGAGCAGGUGCAUGUGAGCUCAGAGGUUCAUGCCGUACUGCAGUGCCCUGCAAUAGAGAGCAGUUUCCUGCCAUUGGUGGUGAAAACACUGGCUGUGCCCGAUGAUCUGAGUCACAUCGCCAGCCACGGGGAAGGGGACUGGGACCCUGCCUAUGUCAUCCACCUGCACCCAGCUGUUACCAUCAAAAACCUGCUACCUUACUCAAUACGUUGCCUGCUGGAGGGUUCCCCUGACUUUUAUGAGCUUCAGGAGGGCAGUAUGGUGGAUGUACUAAACUCUCACAUUAACGGGGAAAUAAUGGAGCUGGUGUUGAUGAAGUACCAAGGCCGUAGCUGGAGCGGCCGUAUGAAGAUUAGCCAAGACAUGCCUGAGUUCUUUUCUAUUUGCUUCACCUGCGACACCUCAGAGGGGUUGACUGUGGACGUGUGUGUACAUGUGUCUCGCAUGAGUGGCAAAAUGUUUCUUUCUCUCUACAGUCCAUAUUGGAUCAUCAAUAAGACAUCCCGUGUCCUGCAGUACCAUGCCGAGGACACCUACGUGAAACACCCAUCUGACUUUAGAGACGUCAUUCUGUUCUCCUUCAAAAAGAAGAAUUUUUUCAGCAAGAAUAAGCUGCAGCUUUGUGUGUCCACCAGCUCCUGGUCGAAAGGCUUCUCUCUGGACACAGUUGGCAGCUACGGGUGUGUACGCUGUCCAGACAAAAGCGGGGAUUACCUGGUGGGGGUCAGCAUCCAGAUGAGCAGCUUUAACCUGACACGGAUCGUAACCAUGAGUCCCUUCUACAUGCUGGUCAAUAAGUCCUCGUUUGAGCUGGAGGUGGGAGAGGUGCUAAACAAUGGUUCCAGCAACAAGUGGCACUACAUCUCCUCCACUGAGUGUUUGCCUCUGUGGCCCGAGUCCAGCACAGGGAAGCUGUGUGUACGAGUUUUGGGAUCUGAAUCUACCUCAAAAUCGUUCUUCUUCGACAAGCAGGACAAUGGCACUUUACUGCGCAUGGAUCAGUAUGGUGGUGUGAUAGUGGAUGUGAAUAUCUCAGACCACUCCACUGUCAUCAGCUUCACUGAUUACUAUGACGGAGCUGCACCUGCUCUGGUUGUAAAUCAAACACCCGUGGCCACUGUCAACUUCAGACAGAGAGGUUGUGAGGAAUGUUGGACUCUGAAACCAGGUGAAGUUCAGCGAUUUGCAUGGGGUGAUCCCUCAGGCGUGAGGAAGCUUUGCUGGAGCUGUCAGGAUCAUACUGGAGAACUGGACCUUGUGAAGGAUGAGUGUGGUCAGUUUGCAUACGACAACUUAGUGCAGAUACACUGGGUGUCAUUCCUGGAUGGUCGACAGUGGGUGCUGAUCUUCACUGAGGAUGUCGGUGUAGUGACAAAGGCACGGCAGGCGGAAGAGCUGGAGCAGUUCCAGCAAGAAGUCAACAUCUCAUUACAGAAUGUAGGCCUGUCACUCAUCAACAAUGACAUCAGACAGGAGAUAGCAUACGUUGGCAUUACCAGUUCUGGUGUGGUUUGGGAGAUGAGACCAAAGAACCGUUGGAAGUCCUUCAACCACAAGAACAUUGGGCUAUUAGAGAAAGCCUACCAGAGCCACAUCAUCAGCAAGAGUGAACCAGGCUGGAUUAAACUGGAAACUAGAUUAGAGGUGAACUUUGGAAGGGUGCCCAUGUUGAUGAGACAGCCAUUUUCCUGCACUAUCAGGAGAAACUUCCUGCCUGGCAUUUGUGUUGAGUUUAAACAGUCGCCACAUCAGAGGAGUUUACGUGCACAACUGUACUGGUUACAGGUGGAUAACCAGCUACCCGGAGCCAUUUUUCCCACUGUGUUUAAUCCUGUUACUCUUCCAAAAUCAAUUGUUCAGGAUUCAGAGCCAAAGCCGUUUAUAGAUGUGAGCAUCAUCACAAGGUUUAAUGAGUACAGCCAAGUAAUGCAGUUUAAGUACUUCAUGGCAUUAGUGCAGGAGAUGGCAGUGAAGAUUGAUCAGGGAUUCUUGGGGGCAAUUCUCGCCCUGUUCACCCCAGCCACUGACGCCCAGGACUGUAAAGAGAAGAAUAAGCUGAUAGAGAAGGAUCUGGAGGCUCUGCAGGCUCAGCUUAUGGAGAGCUCCAUGACAGACACCUCGGGCCUGAGCUUCUUUGAGCAUUUCCACAUCUCUCCCAUUAAACUGCAUUUGAGUCUGUCCCUGGGCUCCAGCGGAGAUGAGUCUGAGCAGGGUGAUAUGGUUGCCAUCCAGUCCGUCAACCUCUUGCUAAAAAGCAUCGGGGCCACACUCACUGAUGUAGAUGAUCUGAUCUUCAAACUGGCUUACUUUGAGGUGAAAUAUCAGUUUUACCGGCGAGAAAAACUGAUGUGGGCGGUGAUCAGACACUACACUGAACAAUUCCUGACGCAGAUGUACGUGCUGGUUUUGGGUCUGGAUGUUCUUGGAAAUCCAUUCGGGCUGAUACGCGGUUUAUCAGAAGGAGUGGAGGCUUUCUUUUAUGAGCCCAUCCAGGGGGCUGUUCAAGGACCUGAAGAAUUUGCCGAAGGAUUUGUUAUUGGUGUUCGUAGUUUACUGGGCCACACAGUAGGGGGCGCAGCAGGGAUGGUGUCUCGCAUAACAGGCUCUGUAGGCAAAGGCUUGGCUGCCAUCACCAUGGACAAAGAGUAUCAGCAGAAGAGGAGGGAGGAGAUGAACAGACCCACUAAAGAUUUUGGAGAAAGUCUAGCUAAAGGGGGCAUGGGUUUUCUCAAGGGAAUGGUCGGUGGAGUAACAGGAAUUGUGACCAAACCAGUGGAAGGGGCAAUGAAAGAGGGGGCAGCAGGCUUCUUUAAGGGCAUUGGGAAAGGCCUGGUUGGAGUGGUGGCCAGACCUACAGGCGGCAUUGUAGACAUGGCAAGCAGCACUUUUCAGGGCAUUCAGAGGGUGGCUGAAUCGACUGAGGAGGUGACUAAAUUAAGGCCAGUGCGUCUCAUACGAGAGGAUGGCAUCAUACGGCCCUAUGACCACCAUGAGUCGGAGGGCUAUGACCUCUUUCAGAGGUCUGAGAUUAAACAGUUGGAUGGCGAGAUAUUCAGAGAACACUAUGAGUAUCCAGGGCACAGAAAAACAAAUAUCAUUAUCACCAACAGGAGAGUGAUGUGUGUUAAGGAGAUCAAUUUGAUUGGACAUUUCAGUAAAGAAUGGGAAUGUCAAUUUGAGAAUUUCCAAAGGCCUCCAUGUGCAGAGCAAGGAGAUUUGAAGAUAUAUUACCGGGACCAGAACAAACUGAACAUUAUUAGAAAGGAUGGCCAGGAGCUAGUAAGAGUGAUACACUUCAAAGAGGCACACAUGGCUGAGAAAUUGCGAAAGGGAAUCGAGAAUGCCAAGUUUGCACGUCAGCAAUAUCAGAUGGCUCGGCAGAAAUCGCAACGCUUCAUCCAAAGGGGUAACACCUGAAUCUGUCAGUCUAACCACGUAAACCCACUGCUGCCUUAAAUGUGUGUCCAAAUUCCCUUAGAUUUUACAAUGUAAAUGUUGUGCUUAAAAAUAUAUUUUGGCAAAUGUAUUAUUGAAAUUUUGGAUGUAUCACUGCAUUUCUUUUCUUUUUUUUUCUUUUUUUUUGGUGCAUUACCGGAUUUUAGCACUUUGCCUUUAGUUUUGUUGUUUUGUUUGGGGUCUGGGGGUUGAGAAAUAAUGGAAGAGAAGAAUUGAGAUAUUUUGUUAAUGGAAUUUGUACUUGUAAUACUGUUUAAUACUGAAAUGUGCAACGUUAAGCUUGUCCACAAAUCUUGUCGAGAAAAAAAAAGAGGAAUUCUCUUUUUAGGAUCAUCUUGCCAGAACAUUAAAUCAUCUGUUGUUGCAUUUACACAAUAAUGACAUAAAACCACACAUGACACACAAAAAUAGUUGGAUGAAAUUUGUGCUCUCCUCUCUACUUAACUCGUUUUCUUUUACCUCCUUUUUUCUGCACUUGGGCAAUAAGCAAUGCACUGUAGAGAUAUGAUGUAUUAUAACAAUAUAUUGAAAGUGAUGAAUGUGUGUCACUGCUGUUCCAGAACCUGUUAGAUGGAAGGCCACACCUUCAGCUUAAGGUGGAGUCUAUGAUAAGAUAUUAACUCAACCUUUGUGGUUACUUGUUUGUUUGAAGUAACCAAUAUGGGGGGGGGGGUCUGUCUCUAUGGCAAGGAAAGUUCUUCCUACAUAAAGUCACAGCGAUAUAUUCCACAAUUUUUCCAGAAAGAUAUAAAGUAAAUGUAGUGUCACAGCACCUGGCGAUGGAUUCUGUCUAUGUUGCUAAGUAACUGCUUCCUGUAUGUGGGUGCAGAUGACCCUCUUGGCCUGGUGUGGGCAGGAAAGAAGAGGUUGGUUAUCUCAUGCCCUCUGCUGUGGGUCUUUCCAUGUCCUCCUAUUUCCUAUGCAUCAGUAGACCAGACACACACCCACAGUCCAAUGCCACUGUGCAGACAGCGGGCACACAGCAGAAGAUGUAAAAAAUAUGAAUUAAUUAGGUCAGUCUUGUGGCUUCAUACAGACCCAGGCUAUGCUUUUCAACAAAGGGAACACAAAUUGUGUAUGAAGUGGCAUAAUUACUCAAGAAGAUCUGUGUUCUUGCACCCCAUGGCAUAAAUAUUUUACUGUUUUGCAUUACUGUGUGAGGUAACCUCCAUUAAUCCACCACCAACACAAACACUAUACUGUUCACAGAUAUUUCAGCCUUUACAUAACAAUUGACAGAUUUCAUUGGACACUAGAACUAAUCCAUGUCCUGGGAACCCAUAGCACUGCAUAUUUUGGAUUCACACCCAAUUGAGUUUAAGAAGCACUCUUCUAAUGAGCUAAUGAUUUGAAUCUGGUGUGCUAGAUAAUGGAGACAUCCAAAAUUUCUUGCACUUCAACACUUUCAUAAGGUUUAGGUGAGGUUGCAAAUAUAACUGCAGCACAGUAAAAUUAUGUAGUGUUUGAUCUAUGAUCGGUCUUAUGUCUUAAAGGACUAUUAUGUGUUCAGUACAAGUUAGGCUAGUAGGCUGCAUUUGUGGCAUAAUGUUAUUUACCACAGAAAUGUAUUUCUUUAAGAAAAAAGCAAAAAUUGAGGUUGCAGUGAGGCAUUUACAAUGGAAGUGAAUGGGGCCAAUUUUAAAGGCAGAUAUGUGAAGCUUAUAAUUUUAUGAAAGCACUUAUUCUUCUGUUAAAAUUAGUGUAGUAUUUGAGCUGUAAAGUUGUUUAAAUUGUCGUAUUUGGGAUUACAGCUUUAUGUCAUCAUUGCAACAAAUUUGUAUAUAAGUUAUACAGUAAAGUUGUAUAAUUGGAUAUGACUUUACACAGAAAAUGUUAGUAACUGAUUUUAUCGCUCUAAAAUCGUGUUAACAUGCAUAUUGUUUACAUCUUGUGGCUAUACUUUUGAAAGUAUUUUAACAUUUACGGAUUGGCCCCAUUCACUGCCACUGUAAGUCCCACACUAUUAUUUUUGCUUUUAUUUUUUUUGUAAAGAAUAGGAGGGACAAAAUAAAUAAAUGUUUGUGAUAAUAUUAUGCCACAAAUGCUGUCGAUUGAGCAUAACUUGUAUUGACCCCAGACUAUUCCUUUAAAUCUGCUCUGCAGUGUGGAAGCUAUUACAGGUUUAUUACAUGGCUCUCUGGAAUACUCUAUUCUGAUUGCUCAUUGGCGCCAUCUAGCGGGCUGAUAUUUCUGAGUAACAACUGCACAUCUGGGGAUUAAUUCCUAUCAGAUUGGUUAUCUGGAUAUUGAGAGUCAUCUUUCCUACUUCUAAAUCACUCUGCGAUCUCUACAAGGAAGUAAAUAAAAAUAAUUUA